CUUUUUUUUUCCUGACACUCCCACUCGUAGCGGCGCCUCGCAUCAAAUAAGGUCGUCGACCGGUUCGCAAAAAACUCUCAUCAUUUCUACUUUUACGUAUCACAAUUAUGUAUCUAUAUAAGUAGAGAAUUAUUUUGCGACUCAUUUCUUGCCUCUUAUUAUAUGUAUAUUUUUAUAUUUAUAUAAAUCACAAUAUGUGUGAAAUGUGAAAGGAAAUUCUGAUUUUGUAAUUGUCGAUGAAGUAAAGGUGUUUGUAAAUUAAAGUAAAGAUGAAAAAAGUGUGGAUUAAUUUUUGAUUUUGAAAGAAAAAAAUGAAAAAUACAAAGGUUGAUAUUUGUGAUAGUAGUUGUUGAUUUGUGUAUAUAUUUUUGGUGAUGAUAUGUAUUUACUGUCAGUGACAGCGAGCACGUGUUUAGUGAAUGACAGAUAUAGAGAGUUCGAGGUGUCCGUCCCGACUUGUCUGACGCGUGGGAAGCUUUACUACUGAAGGCAUUUUCUACUUACUGCUCAGCAGAAUUCGUCAAAGUCCAGAUAAAACUUUUCUAUUAGAUAAUAUUCCAUGAUCUGCAGGACAGUUUGACGUUGAGAGCACUCCGGAAACAUUAUUGAUUCUUUUUUCCUGGAGCCGAAAUUUCAUCAAACUUUCAAAAUGAUUAACAAUUUAUGACAAAUCCGAAGAAUUUUUGGAGAAAAAAAAGGAAGGAAGGAACAGAAAGUGGUUAAAGGAAGAAAGAAUUUGAAGGAGAAUUGGGUGUGGAGAUAUUAAAUCGGCCAAAAACAAUCGAUCCACUUGUUCAAAGUGGCUAAGAGCGUCAGUCCGCGUAGAGUGCACCAGGAGUGCUCUACUGGAGUGGAAGUACAGGUCCCGGUGCAGGAAAGGCGAACACCGAGGCGCAUGCCGUACCUGGGGCCUGAAAUGACAACCCGGCUAUCAGCCAUGUUUUACACGGUCGAGGUCGGGGACACCAAGUUCACCAUUCUAAAACGAUAUCAAAAUCUCAAACCCAUUGGAUCAGGCGCGCAAGGAAUUGUUUGCGCCGCCUUUGAUACUGUCACAGCUCAAAAUGUGGCAAUCAAGAAGCUUUCUAGACCUUUUCAAAAUGUGACGCACGCGAAAAGAGCGUACAGAGAGUUCAAGCUGAUGAAAUUGGUGAAUCAUAAAAAUAUUAUUGGACUCUUAAAUGCGUUUACGCCACAACGGUCGUUGGACGAGUUUCAAGAUGUCUACCUCGUGAUGGAGUUGAUGGACGCCAAUCUGUGCCAAGUAAUCCAGAUGGAUCUGGAUCACGAACGCAUGUCAUAUUUAUUGUAUCAAAUGCUAUGUGGUAUUAAGCAUUUACAUUCAGCUGGAAUCAUUCAUAGGGAUUUGAAACCAAGCAAUAUUGUCGUCAAGUCGGACUGCACAUUAAAAAUUUUGGAUUUUGGUCUGGCUAGGACCGCAGGCACGACAUUUAUGAUGACACCGUACGUCGUAACACGAUAUUAUCGAGCUCCAGAGGUAAUCCUUGGCAUGGGAUACAAGGAGAACGUAGAUAUAUGGUCAGUUGGUUGUAUCAUGGGCGAAAUGAUACGAGGUGGUGUCUUGUUCCCAGGAACAGAUCAUAUUGAUCAAUGGAAUAAGAUUAUAGAACAAUUGGGAACACCAGCUCAAGAAUUUAUGCAACGAUUGCAGCCGACGGUGAGGAAUUACGUCGAGAAUAGGCCACGAUACCCUGGUUAUCCUUUUGAAAGAUUGUUUCCAGAUAUCCUAUUUCCGUCCGAUUCGUCGGAACACAAUAGGUUAAAGGCGAGUCAAGCGAGGGAUUUGCUCUCGCGUAUGUUGGUCAUUGAUCCAGAGCGUCGUAUCUCAGUUGACGAAGCUUUACUACAUAAUUACAUUAACGUUUGGUACGAUGAAGGCGAAGUUAAUGCUCCUGCACCUGGUCCAUACGAUCAUAGUGUUGACGAGAGGGAGCACACAGUGGAUCAAUGGAAGGAAUUAAUUUAUCAGGAGGUGAUGGAAUACGAGACAAGUCACAAUCCCGUAGCAACUGCACAGUCAUCAGACACGGCGGGAUCUCGGUAGAUAAACCGAAAAUUUCUAGUUCUUUGAGUCCAAGUGUUACACCAAUAAGAAGAGACAGUCUGAAUAUAAUUGAAACUCUCUCUCCCUCGAUGUUUAAAAUGAAAAACCAUUUUAACCCCCCUCCCCCCUGCAGGGAAACGGAAAAGAAAAAGAAAUAGCUUCACGCGCCUAUUAAUCCCCGCCAUGAACCCCGUUCGCGUCUAUUUAAAAAAAAAACAAUGCAAUAAAAUUUUCACAAUACUGUGAUAUUGAAACGCGUUUUUUAGGGGGCUUGGGGUUUUUUCUUAUUCAGAAGGGUGGGGGAAUAAAGAGGAAAUUGGUGAGCGGUUUUUUUUUUGUUUAAGAAAAGAAAUAAUAAAGUCGGGGCAAAUCUUCAUUUGGCUACGCACAAAAAAAAAACACGCGUAAACGGCUCUUUUAAAUAAUACGUAUUUUCGCGGCGUAUUUCAAUCACUCUCUGCUUUUCAUCAAUUUUCCGUCGAGACAAUCCACUAUUAAUGGAACGUUACAUGAUAAAUAUGAAAUGAUGAUAAUUAGGUAUGAUCCUUGCGUUAAUGAAGUAAAUUAUUAUUAAUUAAGACACCCGUCGCCGCUGCUCUCACGCUCGACACACGUUUAUCAAGAGCGAAUUAUAAAAAUUAAGGUACGAGGAAAAACACGGGACAAAGUACAAAAAAAAAAAAAAAACUCGAACGCCUCCCUUUUACUUUUAUGUGUAUUUUUUAACUAAUAGUGUAUUUUAAUUGUUCAUUUUUUUUAAAUUAAUUGAUUGAAUCGUUUUAAUUAGUUUGUAAUUUAAUUGAUUAAUUUGUUAAUCAAUUGGUAGUUUAACUUUAAUUGUAGGUAAAAUCAUGUCAAUUGAUAUAUUAAUUUCAAUUAUUUCAAUUAAUUGAUACUUAAUUAAUGAAUUUUAAUUGGUACAUUGGUUUUAAUUGAAGUUUAGUUUUAAUUGACGUUUCAUUUAAAUUAAAAGUUUAAUUAAUUAAUAUAUAGUAAUUAAUUGAUAUAUCAAUUUAAAUUGCUUAAUAUAUUAAAUUAAAAAGUCCUUUUACUUAGAAAUUUUAAGACUGCAGAUGCACAUAAUCUUUGUUUAUAUCUUUCUUUUUUUUUAAAUUCAAUCUGUUUGCAGAAUUCCUGGUCAUGAUUCUUUUAUUCAAUCUAGUGACUUGGAAUUUGUUUAUUGUUCCUGUGUCUAAAAUCAAGACACAUUUACCCCUUGAACUAUGAAAAUCGGAAAGAGCUCUUUUUCGUUUUUAAUCGACUGUAGAUUUUUUUAAAUAAUUUUUUUUAGUAUUUUUUUUCCUACUUUUCAAUUUUUAGGAUUUUAUAAUGAAACUGAACGCCUUUCAAAUAGCCUAUACUGGUUACUCUUGAAACAAUAAUAAUAAUUCAAGCCUGAUAUUGUAUAUUCAAUUGCAAAUAAUUGUACAUUUUAUAAUGAUGAAUUGAAAUUUAAAAAAAAAUUUGCUCAAAUAUUCAAAUGAGCAAACGCUCAAAAGAAUUUUUGUGCUUUCAAUUGACAUAUUUUGUAUAUGAAAUAUAUUUCAAAAUUGUUUAGUUGUUGGAAAAAAAUUGUCGACGAAAUUUCAAUUUAAACUGAUCUCGAGAAUUUUUUAUUUUUUUUAUAUAUUUAGUUUUUCGAUUUAAUUAUUUUAAAUCUUUUAAUGUAUGUGUUUCAUUUUUAUAUUUUUUGUUUUGAAUUAAAAAAAUCUUUUUUUUUGCAUUCUUUGAAAUUAUCUUUGAAUUUAUUUCAAUUGAAAUUUUUUCGAUUUUUUAAAAUCUUUGUGUAUUAUGUGAAAUGUUUUUUUUAAUAUUAUAUUAUUAACUAUAGUAAUUAAUUAAACUAAUUAAUUUACUAAAUUCUUGAAAUCUUUUGCAAUGGAAUUGUCGACAAAUACAUAUUUUUUUUAAUAUGAAAAAAACGCGAGGACUCUUUAAACUUUAUUUUAAAUGAAAAAUAGCAAAAAGUUGGCAAUAAUAAAAAUAAAUUGUUAAUUUUUAAAUGGUAUGCAAUAAGGGCAGAGUGUAAUGUUACUGGUUUAAAUUAUCGGGGCUAUUUAUUAAUUCCGAAAAUUUUCGUAACUCAUCCAAUUGAUUUUUAAUUAGAAAUGUUACUAGCGAAUUAAUUUUUAAUUCAUUUGUUUUUUUUCUUUCUCUCUCUCUCUCUCGCUCUCUCUGUUUUUUGUUUUAGAACGAUAGGUGAGAUUCUUUAUGCAUUCAAUUGUGAUAUAUCUUUUUAAAAGUUAAAUCAAUGUUUUUAUAUUGCGCUAUAUAGAGUGAUUGAUAUAAAUUUAUUUCCCUGAUUCGUGCUGGGAAAAAUGUGUAACUGCAAAAAGAUCUGACAAAUUGUUUUAAUUGUAAGUUAUAUAUUUAUAAUAUAUAUUAUAUAUAUUAGUUGUGCCGUUUAAUGAGUCUUUGUUUUUUAAAUGGCAAUAUAUAUUUUUUUUUGUUUCUUUGUUUUGGUGCACAUUGAGAAAAUUAGUAAAUCAAAUUUAUAUUUCACUUGAUAUUGAUAUAGGAAAAGAAAUAUUUGUCGAGUGCAUAUUACGAGUCAAAAUGUUUUAGUCGUAGCCAGUUAAUUGGAAUUAAAAUUAAAAACAAAUAAAAGAAAUUCAGAAAUUUUUUUGUAAAUUAAUAUUCGCGAUAUUCUGAUGUAAAUUUAAAAAAUGGUUUUUUCCCCUCUCCCCCUAAAUAAUGGUGAAAUGAUAUUAUGCAUAAUAAUUGUAUUUAUUGCGAGACAAGAAUGAAUUAUAUAUAUAUAUAUAUAUAAAAAAGAAAAAAAGAAAUAUUGUCGCGUGAUGAAGAACGGAGUAAUAAUUGUAAUAUGUAAACGUUGAAUUUUUUUAUUUUCCACAAUGAUAGUUAUGUGAAUAUAUUGCUACAGUCCGAUCCAAAUAAUCAAGCUUUUGUAACACUUAAUUAUAAUAAAAGUAUAUAAUACGGCUAAUUAUAUAAUUGUACUGCACAUGGUAAGAAGUGUGUGUGAGAGAGAGGGAGCGAUAGAAAGAGAGAGUGUGUGUGUGUGUGUGAGAGUUAUUUCGUUGAUUCAUUGUUAAUUACGAACGCACGACGAAAAAAUUUAUUUGUUAUUUGAAAAACCGUCUUGAGAUUGUUCACUCGCAAUUUCGAAUUUAUUUUUUUUCUAUAAAACAAUAUAAAGAAUAUUUUAAAAACAAUUUUAUCCAAAUAAAAAAAAGAUUACAAUUUUUUCAAAUAAAAAAAAAAAUGCACAUUAUCGAAUUGCACACGUUUCUAUAAUUAUAGGCAAUUUUUGCAUUUUUUUAUCACUUUUUGAAACAAUAAUUCGAACAAUAUGUUAAAAAAAAGAAGUUCCUUGCGAAAGUGACAGCAUCCCUGGCUGUGAUUCACAUAAGAGACAAAAAAAAAAAAACCGUAAUUUCUAUAAACGAGUUUUAGUCGUGCGUUUUGUAAAGAGAAUGAGCAGUGAUAAAUCUUAAGUAAAAAAUAAUAAUAUAAUAAUAAUAAUAAUUAUUAUAAUUAUAAUUAUAAUAACAUAAACAGGAAAAAUAUAUAAAUUUGAAACACCGAGGUAUAUAAGAACUAAGGAUUAUAAUUAAUAAGAAUAAUUAAUUAAUAUAUUAUUGGUUAAUCGAGAUAAUAUGACGAUACAAUUUUUUCUUAUAGAGCAAUAAGAGGCAAAUAACAAAAAAAAAAAGUGGAAUAUUUUGAAGGAACACGUUGGGAUGGGUAAAAAAAAGGGGUUGGGUGGGAAGGGAGGGUAAAGGGAGGGUGAAACAAAUAAUAAUGUCCAUGUUGCUAAAACAAAAAAAAAAUAAAUAAAUAAAAACUCUAGUGGUGAGAUAGAUUUCGCAUAGACUCUUUAGUGUAAGUAAUCCUUAGUAUGGAGAGAAAAAAAAAAGAAAAACUCUUUCGCAGCUUUUUAGAUUAGUUUAGAAAUAGAAUUUCUAGAUAUUUAUCAAGCCCCCCGUUCCCUUCUUGUUAGUAAAAUUGCAAUCACUCUUGGCCAGUGCCCAUGGUUUUUCAAACCUUUUUCCAAAGGGAACUGGUGAAAUUUGUAAACGAAAUUUUCCCCAAAAAUUUAUUGUAAUUUUCCUUUUCAACGAAAACAAAAAUAAUAUGAGCAGAGAUUGUAAAACCGAUCGACGAUUUUUUUAAAUUUCGCUUUGUAUAAAUUAAAUCAGUUAUUAAAAAAAAAAAAUUGUAAAUAUUAAAAAUUGAAUCCAUCAUUAAAAAUAUAUAACUAAUUCAAAAUCGAUUCGAAUUAAAAUUACAAAAUUUAAUGUGAAUUUGAAUUUAAUUUGUACAGUAAAUUGAACUUUUUAAAAUCCGUGGAAUAAUGAAAUAUCGUUCACAAUUAUCAAUGAAUUGCUCAAAAAAAAAAAAAAAAUUCAUGAACAGAAUCGUUGAUCGGCCGAUUGUGUGAACGUGUGUCAUGUUUCGUUUCUCUUGUAUAGUAAAGAAAAAAAAGGAAACAAAAAUUUGCGUGGUUAAUCUCUCUGAAUGAAAAAAAGCGAGUUCCUCAUUAAAACACUUUAUCCACCCCCAUUAGUCACGUGACAAAAAAAAUAUAUAUAACCGUAAGUUAUUAUAAAUAAUACUGCAUAUUAGUAAAUAUUUACCUCCUUUGUAAAUAUAUUAAUAUCAAUAAUUUAUUAUAUAUUGUAAUUGAUGAAAACAAAAAACAGCAACAAUAAUUGCAUAAUAUUUUUUUUUCUUUUUUUUUUUAAUGGCGCGAUGACGAAGACAAUUUAUUGAUUUGUGAAUAUAGAAGUGCGUUUCGUAAUGUGAUUAUAUUAUCGCGACGAUAAUGGUAUGUAUAUUAUCACUAAAUAUUAUAAAUACAUUAUGACAAUUAUGUUCGACAAUGAUAAAAAAAGGACUUUUUUUAUUAUUGUUUCUAUCUUUUAUCAUUAGAAAUUAGUAUUUUUGCUCUUAUGGCACUUAAAAUGCCGAAAGAUUUGAUGUGCCAUCGAGAUUAUGCGACUCAGAUCCCACACACCUCAAAAGAAAAAAAACAAAAAAAAAAAAAAAGCAAACAAAAUCAUUUAUAUUGUUUCAUCGAUAUUAAUUGUAAUUAUUAAUGUGCAAAUGACAUGCCACGUAUUAAACGAGGUAAAAUUUAUUAGCAGAGUGAGUGAUAAAAAAAAUGUAUCUUUUGUGUGCUUAGUCAAAGAAAAAAAAAAUUUUUUUUUUUUGAUUCUCACAUUAUGUGAACCAACAGGUCCGACAACUUUUUUCCUGAAAAAAAAAGAAAAAUUUGGUAAAAUUCAUAUAUUUUGAAUUUAUCUGGAUUUUAUUAGGUAAAUAUAAAAGUAUAAGGGAAAACUAUGACAGAAUUAUUUGACAAAAUGUAAUUAUCUCUAUGAGGUAAAGCAAACUGUCACUGACGAUUAACAAUACUUCAUUUUUUUCUUUUUCUAUCGCCCGAGCAAGCGAUAAGAAAUAUUACUAAAUAUUAUUUAUUGGCUAAACUGAACCAAUGCUCAAAGACGCUGUUGGUUUAAAUUAAUAAAAGAAAAAAAAAACUAAAUGGAA